AUGUCGGAAGGCGACGCUGCGGUCGCAGAGGCCUUCGCGGCCGGCCGAAUACCAGCGGAGAUCACCGUCAAGUACCUGGACGAGGAUCGGGAUACGCCGUCACUGAUUGCCUCGAUAUUCAUGUUCGUCCUCACGCUGGUGGUCGUGAACGGUCGCGCAUUUUCGCGAUUCUUCUUGAGGAAAAGUUUCGGGGUCGAUGAUGCAUUAGCAGUGCUGGGAAUGGCUAUGUUCAUUGCCUUCGUACCAUUUUGCAUCAUUCUUAUCAACAUUGGAUCGGGUCGACACUUCGAGUACAUCCAGUAUGUCAUGACGCAGGAUAUUCUGGAACAAACCGAGAUCCUCGAUUUCAGCGCACAUCUCGUAUAUUCAACAGCGCUACUCUUCUGCCGCUACUCUGGAUUGGCAUUCUACUAUCGAGUCUGUGGUAUUCACACAGGAUUUCUCCGCUCCAUCAAGGGUCUCGCGGGGUUCCUCUUUCUGGGAUGGCUGGCACAGAUGUUGCUCAUCGUGUUCCAUUGUCUCCCAGUGACGGCCAUCUGGCCUUACGAGUGGCAAACACAGUUUAAUCAGUACAAGUGUUUGCCGUGGGGCUUCGUCUACGGCAUCAACUCAGCCGUCUCACUACUUUGCGACUUCGUCUUGUUCGGCAUUCCGAUUGCGAUGCUGCGGAUGUUGGAGAUGACACGGAAACGGAAGAUACAACUCGCCUGUAUCCUACUUCCAGGCACGCUUGUUGUGGCAAUCUCCGUCGUUCGUCUUAUUCUUGUCAUCAACGGGCAGUGGCAACCAGACCAGUCGUGGAUUUACAGCCCUCUCCUCGCUAUUGAAAUCGCGGAGGUCGGGGCAACGCUCAUCGCACUAUCGAUACCAGGCAUCAGACCACUGGUUGACGAGAUCUAUAACAAGGUCAUCAUCUGGACAAGCAGGCACUUCCCGUGUCUCUUCAGGAGACGAAACAAAGACAUUCACCCCGAGCUUUGGGGCAGCGAAGCUUCAACAUGGCGCAACGAUCCGACACCGAGACAGGCCGACUUCAAGAUGAAGGACAUUGAGGAGGUCCUGGGAUUGGAACUGGAGGCCAUCGAAAAGUACGAAUCGAAAACUAAGCGCACGAGCAAGCUCAAGCCGUCGAGGACUAGUAAGGUAUCUAUGAUGGGGAUGGGCGAGAAUCGCAUAUGA